CUGCUAUGUUGGAUCAUGACUGGACCUAAGAACCUGGAGUCUAGAACCAAACACAUCCGGGCCACCUGGGCCAACCGAUGCAACAAAAUCCUCUACAUGAGUUCAGUGGAGACAGAAUUCCCCACAGUGGGGCUCAACGUAACCGAGGGACGAGACCAGCUCUACUGGAAGACCAUCAGAGCCUUCCAGUACAUCUACCAACACCACCGCAACGACUAUGACUGGGUCCUCAAAGCUGAUGAUGACACGUUCGUGGUCAUCGAAAACCUCCGCUACACCUUGUCCAAACAGGACCCGGAGAAGCCUGUAUACUUUGGGAGAAGGUUCCGCCCGUUCGUCCACCAGGGUUACAUGAGCGGUGGAGCCGGCUAUGUCCUCAGUAAAGAAGCCGUCAGAAGGUUCAUCGAGGGAUUCGACAUGGCGAAAUGUACCCACUUUUCCAUCAUAGAAGACAUGGCUCUGGGGAAGUGUAUGGAGACAAUGGGUGUGGAGCCGGGAGACUCCAGAGAUGUGAAGGGAAGGCAGACGUUUCAUCCCUACCCACCAGACAAGUACCUGAUCAAAAAGCCACCCAGUAAACGGCCUUGGUUUCUCUUGUAUGACUACUACAAACCCAGAGAGGGCCCAGAAUGUUGUUCAGAUCACACCGUAUCCUUUCACUACAUCUACAAUGUACAGAUGUACAUGCUGGAAUAUCUGACCUAUAACCUACGGCCCUACGGAUAUCAGUACAGGUACAACCCUGAUUCUGCAGGAACUGAAAGUGAGAGUAACACACCCACACCUGUCUCUUCCUAA